ACUGACGACGGACCAGACCUUUCCCGAAGCAGCAAUGGCUUCUUUGUGUAGAUCAGCAUCGAGGCUGACCUCAAGGUCCAUCAUAAGUCGUUCCAAAAUCCUCACCCAGAAACCCCUCUCUCCUUUGUCUCAUUCGUCUCUCUUCUCUUCGUCUUUAACAUCGGCCGUUCCCCGCGCUUCUAGGAUUUUGUCCGUAAUGGGAAGCGUCGAGUCGAUGAUGCCUCUUCACAGUGCCAUUGCAAAUGCUAGACUUACUUCCAGCAUCGCCGUCGAUUCCAGCUGCUGGAGUUGGCUUUCUCGAGACUUUGCAGUUCCUCGGUGACAAAGAUUAAAGGAUUCGGUAAUUUCAAUCGUUUAGUUGGGUUGCAUCUGAGUUUAUGUUGGCUUACACGUUCACCUUCGCCCUCUUAUCCAAAAGGCUCACAUAAUUGGGGUUCCCCACAUGGCCUGGAGCAUCACAUCAGAUUCAAAUGUUUUGUUUUUCCUCCCAUUCUGUGAACCUCUUAUUGACCAUCAAGGCAUUAUGAUAUAAAGUUAGGAUCGCUGGCAGAACAUAUGUCCUGCAAAACAAUGAGGAACUCCUUUUUUUCUAUACGAGUCCAUCUUUCAAUGCAUGACCCGUAAAAGCUCUUCGAAUUCUCUAUUAUGUGAAUCGGUGGGCCAAGAUAUUAAGAAACGCCUCCAUUUAUUCAAUUAUUCAUAGGUGUGUGAUUUAUUUUUCUUGGACGAUAUCAUAUAAUGUGAAUCAGUUGGUUUUGCUCGUAUUUGAUA